CGCGAGACCUGACAUCUGGACCACAAGUGUUGUGCGAGUCACCAUGUCGGCCACCACAGAGAGCCCCGCCUCUUCUAACAGCACGAACCUGCUGGAUUCGGAGUUUCGCUAUCAGCUAUUGACAGUAUCAUACAGCAUCAUUUUCAUCCUUGGACUCUUCGCCAAUCUCUACGUGCUGUUCGUCCUGCGAGGCCUGCGAGGCGCCAAAGCCAUGGGCGAGAUCCGAAUCUACAUGACAAACCUGACGGUGGCCGACCUCCUGUUUGUGUGCGCCCUUCCCUUUUGGAUUAGCUACUACCAUCGCGAUGGCCACUGGAUUUUCGGGGACCUCCUUUGCCGCCUGACGGGGCCACAAUUCUUCAUCAACACCUACUGCUCCAUCCUCUUCCUCGGGGUGAUCAGCGUGAACCGGUAUUGGGCGGUCACCAGACCUUUGGACGCAGCCUGUUCGGACCACCGCCGCCGGGGCAUCAUCGUGAGCAUCAUCAUUUGGACCGUGACCAUUGCCAUGGCGUUACCCUACUUGAUAUCUCCAGCCACAAACAUGGACAAGCAGAACAUCACCCGCUGUUUCGAAGGCUACCAAAACGACGACGACGGCUCCAAGAGGAAGCUGCUGGCCACUCAUUUAGCCAUCAUCGCCUUGUUUUUUGUGGUUUUCUUCCUUGUUCUGAUCUGCAACCUUCUCAUCGCACGAACUUUACUCACACAAAGUCCUAUAAAGACGGGAUUAAAGGCAUCAGCAGGUGUAACAAGAAAGUCAGUGUCCGCUAAAAGCCCCACCGGGGUCAAGAGGCGCGCUCUGCAGAUGCUUAUAGCCGUCGUCGGGGUCUUCAUCGUCUGCUUCCUCCCUCACCAUGUGGUUCAGGGGUUCUGGACGGCGGCGGUGUUGCAGAUCAAAGAGGGCUGGGGUCAGGUGGACUGGACCGACAACACGCGCCAGGCUCUGAAUGACGCCCAUCAGGUGACUCUGGUUCUGAUGGGCCUCAACUGCGUUUUGGACCCAGUGGUUUACUGCUUCGCCACCAGGAAAUUCCGAAGGUUCAUCGUGGCUCACUUGAAGAAGCUAGCGAAGGGCGAGAGGUGCACACAGGCGUUCACGACGGAGCUCUCGGUGGACAGCCACAACCAGAGCCAGAGAUUCAACAACGAACGCAAUGAGAUGGAGUGACAAAAAAAAAACAAAAACAUUUUUGUACAUAAAGAUGGAAUAAAACUGGAUUUUGGUUGCUGAAAAAAAGAUUUCUCAUUGUCAUUGAUAUUUUGCUUAUCUUUUUGUCUGCCUUACUUUGCUGUUUUUCCAUUUAGCUUAUAUUUAUUUUUUUCCUCCUUCAUUUUCUACAGUUCUCUAGAAUCCUUGCAUCAAUUUUUUUACUGCUUUUAUGUUUCAUUGAAUGUUUAAACUCAACGGGUCAGUGGUGUGUUUACAAUGUAUGUUUAUAAUGUUCAUUAAUUUAAAAAAAGAACAGUUUGAAGAAUGAGUGAGAUAUUCAUGAGAUAGAAAAGAAAAAAUCUGAUAAAUUGCAGGCAGCAGAUCACAGUCACAGUUUUUAAUCUGAAACAAAACAGAGAAAACUAGCAUCCAAAAAUGUAUAUUUUUUAACAAAAAAAAAGAACUCUCUCUGUUUCAGUGUCAUCAGAAUUAAUCUUUGUUUUGUACAAUCUGUGAUGAGGAAGUGUCGUGUCACAAAGUGUUUCCUCUCUUCUCCCUGAAUUUCUUCACAACAGUGUCGACUUGCGUGUGAUUUUUUUUUAUGACAGUGGAGUUUUAUCUAGCUCCAAAAGUGUCCACUACUUUCAGCUGGAAGUCUGCAGUCAGUACUGAGAGCACCGUGAACAAUGUCAGUCCCUCAGAUUGGAGAACCAACUUGAAGAAAUGAAGUUUCCAGGAACUUUAAGUAAAUAGCGAGUAUUGCACCACUUGUCUUGUUCUUCCUGUGUGACGGUGGAAAGCAGAAGUUGGACGGGUGUGUUUAAAAAAAUGAGCCACUGAAUACACAACAGCUUUUAUUGUCUAACCGUCUGGAAAGUAUCUUCAGUACUGUUGACCACACAACAGAACAUCAAGUAUUUGUUGAUGUGCAUGACGUUGAUGUAUUCACCUCAAUGCCACAAGAAGAACCAAGAAACAAACAAAAGUA